AAUUGACAAAAUGCAAUAAAUUUAUUAAUUUCCAUAAAAUCUAUAGAAAAAAUUAUAUAAAUUUAAGUAUUUAAAUAACUUAUUGUUAUAAAAUGGCUGACCAGGAAUUAAUCUCUAAACUAGCGAAUAUCCCGCUUGCUAAACCUGGAUAUGAUACAUUGGGUAUGUCUGCUCCAAUAAUAGUACAAAUGAAUACUCAAGGAAAAUGGGAGAACACUAAGCCGGAAAACUUGGACGAGGAACGAUUGAGGGGCGUUGUGCAACAUUUAUUCAAUUCUAAAGCGCUAUCUGCGGCACAAAGCUAUUGUUGUCAAUGUGCUGCAGAAAAUAAUCAGAAUUCAGGAAAUCAGAAAUAUAUACCAGUCGUUAUGAUGCCAAUUUUCCCAGCUGAUCAAUGCCCUUUCGAUAUGGAAUGCGAAGUUCAAAAGAUGAAGGACGCAGAGAAACCUAAACCGACUAAAAAGAAGGCUAAUGCAACAACGUUAGUGAAAGAGGAAGAUAAAGAGAAGGACAAAAGAAAAAUUAAAAAGCGUGGUUUUGUAAUGCAGCGACUUACGGAUUUUGACUUGCUGUCACAGUGGUGAAAUUGACUCAGUCCAUAAAAUGUAAUGUUUUGUGAAACGUAAAAUGUUUUAAAUUAUAAAUUUAGUUGAACUUUUAAA